GCGUCCGUCAGCCGAGACAGACCGUCCAGGUGUGUGUUUGUGGACAUGGUGCAGAUUUCCAACGUCCUCUGCAGCCCUGGACCGUGCAUGAUGGGUAAUACACACCGCUCCCCAUCGGAUCAGAACCCGGUUGUAAAGGAACUGCUGUGUAGCAGUGUGGAGUCCGUGAUUCGGGACAAAGGGCGGAAUCUGAGGAAAGCUGGAACGCUGUGUGGAAACAAGGCAUCUUUAAUCCACAGCGGGAACAACGUGUGCUUCUGUCGUCUGAGAACUACACGGAACUCAGCGCGAGUGAAUAACGCUAUUGAGCCAAUGAGCUGCGUGCUUCAGCCCCCAGUCAGAAUGAAGAAUUCGACUCUGCUGAAUAUAAAUCAGGUGACUGUACAGACGAGGGUCUUCAGAAACACCACCGAACAACAGCUGCGUUUGUGUGUCGCCUUCAGCAAACGCCUCAGCGUCGUCUCAUUGUCGUCUCAGAGCUGCGGCGUUACAGUUCCCGGGAUUCUUCACUCUGGAAAUCUUCUGAUUUUUUGCCUCAAAUUUCUGUGGAUUUCUUCCCCAGAGCUCCAGAUGAAGACGUCAGAGUCCCUCCGGUUGUCGUGGACGUUUCACUGGACGCUGGGGAUCGUCAGCGUGCUCACUCUGCUGAACUCGGCAGGAUUUAUGUUGCUCCUUCUCCAGACCAGAGAGUUUGAAAAUCGGAUGGAUGCGGUGGAGUCUCGUCUGGAGGAAAUCUCUCAGAGCUCGGUGGUGGAGUUCAUGACAGAGAUGAGCAGAAAUCAGCAGGACAUCCAGGAAGAUCUGCAGCAAAACUCCAGGAAUAAAAGGAGCCAGGAGCUGAAGGAAGCUGAGGCUCUGCAGCAGAAACUUCAGCUGGAACUGGAGGAGAAACUGGCCGAGAUUUCAGGAGACGGAACCGGAGAAGAAGUGUCGAGUAACAAGGAGAGGAACGUUCAGGACCAUCCGGAUUUCUAUCACAGGACGGUGCAGCACGAUGGGAUGAUGAUGAUGAUGACGUACUCCAUGGUGCCGGUUAAAGUGUUACUGGACAUCUGUAACAGCACUAAAGGAGUUUGUCUCACUGGUCCUCCCGGACCCCCAGGUUUGCCAGGUGUGGAUGGAAUGCCAGGAUACAACGGGACAGAUGGAGUUCCCGGUUUGCCAGGAGAACCUGGAGCACCCGGUAAACGAGGAAAAAGAGGUCCUCCAGGUGAAAAAGGUGAUCCAGGUGAGCCGGGUGUGAAAGGUGACCCAGGACGACCUGGAGAAAAGGGAGAACCUUCUAAUGAUGUGAUUGUAGAAGGUCCUCCUGGCCCCAUGGGACCCCCUGGAGCUCCAGGUCCGAUUGGCCCACCCGGGCUUCCAGGACCACCUGGACCACCGAGACCAGCCAGAAACAGAACUCAGAGAGCGCACCUGCACAUGGGCCAUGCAUCUGAAGGUUUCAUUCACGCUGUUUCACAUGAUCAUAUGAUGAGUCAAGGACCAGGGAAGCGGGGAAAGACCUCAAAAAACGAGUGCAUCAUAAAGUCAGUAAAGGAUCCGAGGAACCUGGCGAAGAUGGAGAGUACGUUUGGAACCUGGAUGAAAGACACAGCAGUGGGAGAUGAUGAGAAGAUCUGGGUAGCAGAACAUUUCUCAGGUCGUAUCAUGAAGGAGUUCAGCAGCAUCGCCGCCUGGCAGAACAGCAGCAGCAAGUCCAUCGACGUGAAGAAGUUUUUCCAAGGAUGCGGACAUUUAGUUCACAACAACUUCAUUUAUUACCACAUCGCCGGGACCUACAGCAUCGCCCGGUAUAAUCUUCACACUGAGACGUUACACACACUGGCCAUAGAGAACGCGUUCUACCACAACCUGUCCUACCUGCUGCGGAACUCGAAGACCUACUUUAAAAUGGCGGCGGAUGAAAGCGGCUUGUGGCUCGUCUUCGCCUCGAGCGUCGACGAGAACAUCGUGGUGGCGCAACUAGACGAGAAAACGUUCUCCAUAACGACGUACAUUAACACCAGCUACCCGAGAAGCAAAGCGGGAAACGCCUUCAUCGCGUGCGGCGUCCUCUACGUCACCGACGUCAAAGACACCAGAGUGACCUACGCCUUCGAUCUCCUCAAACAAAAACCUCUCAACGUUAGCUUCGACCUCUGGACUCCGGCUAGCGUGCUAUCCAUGAUGUCUUACAAUCCUCAAGACCGGCAUUUAUACGUUUGGGACAGCGGACACGUCAAAUCCUACAGAGUCCAUUUUCUUUCUGAUGACAGUUUUUAAUAUAUGAAGUCCUCUGGGUCCUAGAGGACUGGUUUCCUUCCUAAAUUACUCUUCACUAGUACAGCGUUCGUGUCCAUUCCUUUAUCCACACAAUUUAUUCCAAAAUGAUUUUUAUUGCAAAACACGACAGAGAAUAUAGUAAAUUUUAAACAAUAAACAUCGCAACCACUCUCUUUUUUUUUUUUUUUGCUAUCGGAAUAUUUUUAAAGAAAUGUGCAACUAUUUAUGCAAAUGAGGCUUUGUCUAAUUAAAUAUGCAUGAUUUCGCAUACAACCAAAAGUCUAAAUCUAGGACGACGUCAGAAUUAAAAUGUUGAUUUCACUGCUCAGACUUUUACAGACGUUUGUUGGAAUGCGAUUUUCAGUAUAAAAUCAAACAUAAAUCCAACAAUACUCGAGUUCCUCUGUUAUAAGCUUCUAGUUUGGGCUAGGAACGUUCUAAUAUAAUGUGGUUUUCAUAAUGUAUUUACACACUAGUUUAGUGUCAUUCAUAAAGUUUUUUUUUUUUUUUAAUUGACCUGAUUAAUCAUCAUAACCUAAAAACAAGCUUCUCAGAGAUAGGACGUGAUUUUGAAGUGGGCGGAGCUUAAAGCCUUCUUGAAGUUGCAGAUCAAGUUUAAGAUAAAAUGGCGGACGAACACGGUGAAAAGCAUUUUUCUGUUGGGUUUGGAUAUUUUUAUUGCUACACAUCAAGAGUCCACGUGAAAUAGAUGGAAUUUAUCCAAAAAACAUCAUUUCUGCCUGCAGCGGAGUUUAAACCUUAAACUCCACAGACUUCUGUUCAGUUCUGACUCAUUUAACGCUCCUUAACUCUACUACUAAAACACAGUGAAAUGUGAUGUGCAGGAAGGAGGCGCGGUUACCGGAAGUCUAACACUAGAACCUCAGUGUGUUGAGUCUGCAUCACUGUGACAUCGUCGUAUCCGUAAUGUUUCUAUUACGCUUUCUAAAUUCACAGAUUUAUUUUAAUUUUUUUCUUCCAGAUGUUGUUUCAAUGAAAGUGCGAGACAAAACGAAACGAAACAUGAACAAGAUCUAGAAAGAUUUCAUCCUCAACGUUCUGACGAGAUAAAAACGCAGAUUCUUUCUAAUACUACAUUCUGUAAGUUUUCCUGAAAUAAAAACAGAUUUUGAACUUGACUGUAUUUAUGAACUCCAGUCAGACAGGAAGGAAAUUUUAACCUAAAAAAAAGUUGUAAAUGAUUUAAUGUUGAGUUUUGCUCAGCGUUCCAGUAUGAAGUUCUGCACCUCAGUGAACGCUCAGGACCGGAAACAAACGCUCGCUUCUCUCCACCUAAAUUAAAUGAUGACGAUGAACAGUUGGAUGAUUUGUUCUUGUGACGUGUACGGAAUUCGAGGUUGUUUAUAUGUUACACGUUGUACUGCACUGUUUUUGGCUUAUAGAUGUUGUUACAGAAUAUGCUGAAUAUUAAUCUCUUUAUUCCAUUAUAAACUUCACACGCAGUUUUCUAACAAUUAUCAGUAACGAAGCGUCUCUAACACAAAUCUUUUGUAUUGUUAUUCCUACAAACGUGUAUAUUUAAAUAAAUAAAGUCUUGAAUGCG